AUCAAUCUCUUCACCUUUUGCUAUAUUCCUGUCCAUUGCUUCAUCAUUUGUUCCUGCUUGUCACAACUGCAUUCUAAUGGUUGCAAUUUACCCACUAAGCUGACCAAGAUAUAUAGUUUGGCCCUAAAGAUUUUCUUCUUUAGACACAAUGAUGAAUAUCGUGGGUCUAAGGACUCCAAUGAUCAGUUUAUUUUUACAAGAUACUGCGAAUUGCCCUCCCAAGUUCAGAGUGUUUUUAGUAAAUUGGGAAAGAUCGCCCUUCUCGGACUUGAAGAGGGCAGACUGACCUUUACAGCAAAAGAAGUUGAAGGAGUAGAGGACUGUGGAUUGCUCCAUCGUCUACCUGACCUGAAUAGCCCAACUCCUCUUGACGCAGGUGAAGCUCAGUUCUGUUUCCUGCACCUAACAAUACAAGAAUUUCUUGCCGCUAAGCAUGUGGUAGAUACCAUAAAGAAAACUGAAGAAUUGCGGAAAUUUGCUUCAGAUAAAAUCAACCAAAGUGCUUGGCAAGUAGUGAUGCAGUUUGUGGCUGGACUUUUAGACCCCGAUGCUGCUGGAGAAAUGUCAGCGGUGAAAAUGUUUACAGAACUUCUUCCCAUGGCCACAAGUAAGACGAAUGAAAAGGAACUCAUGAAUGUUGCUUGGAACUAUGCAGUUGAAGAGCCAACUACAUUGACCUGUUGGCCAACUGAUGGAGACAAAGAUUUGGCCUUGCGCAUAUGCAACUGUUUGUAUGAUCUCGAAUUAGAGCAGCAAUCUGCUGUGACAAGCAAAAUUGAAGAAAUUGGUUUUAAUGCAGUGGAUUUUAGUGGUUGUAAUUUAGCACCUGUUGACUGUGCAGCUUUAGUGCAUUUCCUUAAAAACGCUGGAACAAUCUUGUUAACAUUAGAACGUAAUGAAAUAAGUUGGUUGGGUUGUAUGGAGGUUCAAAAGUGGGUUGAUCAAAGUGAUAGUAGUAAGUGUGUAUUCAAGUUACGUAGUUUGAAUUUGUCUCGCAACGAGAUAGGGUGUAAGGGAGCGCAACAACUGGGUGACGCACUUAAACACCAACAUUGUACACUAACAAAGUUACAACUCUCUUAUAACAGAAUAGAUGAGAAAGGAGCAAAAACAAUAUGUGAUGCACUGAAAGAAAAUAGCUGUAAACUAACCACGCUGGAUCUUAAAGGUAACAACAUAGGAGACAAAGGAGCUAAAUAUUUAGCUAUUGCACUUAAAAAUGAACAUUGUAAACUCACGGAGUUACACCUUUAUGGUAACGAUAUAGGAGACAACGGAGCAGCACUCCUAAGUGAUGCUCUUAGAAACGAAAAUUGUAGACUGACUCUGUUAGACAUUGGCGAUUGCAAAAUCAGAAACAAGGGAUUGUUGAGUCUGAGAGAUGCACUUGAAGAUGUAAAUUGUAAACUGACCGUGUUGCGUCUUCCCCGUAACAAAGCCAAAAUCACAGGGGCAACAUAUGUUUCUCAUGCAUUAGAAGAUGUAAAUUGUAAACUAACUGAAUUGGAAUUUGCAGGUAACGAUAUAGGGGACAAUGGAGUAGGUCACCUAAGUAGAGCACUUAAAGUUGCAAAUUGUAAACUAACUGUGUUGGGCCUUAGUGGUAACAGCAUAGGACUCGAUGGGGCACAACACCUUUGCGAUGCACUAAAAGAUGGAAAUUGUAAACUCACCGUGUUGGAACUUGGUAGGAACAAUGUUGGAGAGUAUGGGGCAGCAUAUUUGGCUGAUACACUUAAAAAUGCGUCAUGUGAACUAAUUAAGUUAGACCUUGCUUUUAACAAUGUAGGAGAAAGAGGAGCGGCACAUCUAGCUGAUGCACUUCAAUCGGUAAAAUGCAAACUCACUGAGUUGAACCUUAAGGCUAAUGAUAUUGGAGAUAAGGGCGCAGAGCACCUGACUGAUGCCCUUAAGAAAGAAAACUGUAAACUCACCGUGUUGAUCCUUGAAAGAAACAAUGUAAAGGACCAAGGAGCAGCACAUAUAAGUGAAGCACUUAAAAAUGUGAAUUGUAAACUCAUUGAACUGAAUCUUUCUGCCAACAACAUAGGAGAUGAGGGAGCAGAAAAGCUACUUGAAGCAUUUAAAAAUGAGAAUCGCACACUCACUGAGUAUAAUGUCGAAGGAAACAAUAUACGCGAAGAACAACUCGCACGUCUAUGGAAUGCCUUCUACAAAAGUUGUGCAUAACAUUUCAGCCUAAAACGGUUCCUUAGUGCAAACUUUUUGGUCAGUGUAUUUCGCUUACUUCUAGCUGAAAAAGGAAAU